AUGGAGAAGGAAAAGGAGCGCAACGAACAAGGCAGCGAGUCCGAGAAUGAAAAUCAAGAAGACGACACCGGGCCGCACAUCAGCAACGAGAGCACCGCGGAGGAGGAGCAGGAGCAGGAGCAGGCCGUACAGCCGGCGCGGCCUACCAAAACGGCGACGAGGAAGCGCAAGCGUCCCAUAAAUGACGCCUGGGAAGACGAGGACCGGCAAAACCAGAUGGUCGCACGGCAGCAGCGGCAGCAGCAGCAGCAACAGCAGCAGAUGGCGCCGCCCAUGCCGCAGCAGCAAAUGAUGGCUGCGCCAAAGGACGAGAAGAAGAACCCGCUGAAGCUGCGUCUUGAUUUGAACCUGGACGUGGAGAUUGAGCUGCGUGCCAAGAUUCACGGCGACGUGACGCUCGCUUUGCUGUAA